CGCACGAGAGCCAAAUUUCCCAAGAUGGCGGAAACAGUCCGAUGUGUACGAGGGAUUUUGUGCAAUUUUCGCUCAUUUCUUCACACAGAAAUGUUGCUAGCACUUCUAGUUUUGCACGUAGUUAGUCCAUUUUAUAACACAGCUGCGGUAGAAAUUUUGCGGCCGAGGGGAGUGUCGUUGCUACAUAAACCUUUCUACGAUGAGUCGAAGCCCUUCACGUGUUUAGACGGCUCAGCGACGAUCCCGUUUGAUCAGGUUAACGAUGAUUACUGUGACUGUAAGGACGGCACUGAUGAACCGGGUACUGCUGCCUGUCCCAACAUGAAGUACUACUGCAGUAACAAGGGCUUCACUCCCAAAACCAUCCCUUCAUCCAGGGUCAACGAUGGCAUUUGUGACUGCUGUGACGGUACGGAUGAGUACAGUGGACUGAUACUGUGUGAAGACAAGUGCAGGGAGAUGGGUGCAGUGGAACUGGAGCAGAGGAGAAAACAAGCGGAGGUCAUCAACAAGGGAUUCCAGAUGAGACAGAACCUGGUGGCUGAUGGGAAACAAGUCAGGCAGGACAGGGAGGCCAAACUGAAUGCCUUGAAGGAAGAGAAACAAGUUGAGGAGACUAAGAAGCAAGAAGCACAAGCUGCAAAGGAAGCAGCAGAGGCACCAGAAAAGGAAGCAGUGGACAAGCACAAGAAGGCUUGGGAAGAGGUGAAAGCUGCCAGAGAACUGGAGAAACAGAAGGAGGCCGGCACAGCGGCCUUUGCUGAGCUGGACCUGGAUGGGGAUGGCUUGAUAAAACUGGAGGAGUUCCAGACCCACCUGGAGUUUGAUGAUGAUGUAGAUGGAGAGGUCACAGAGGAGGAGGCCAAGACCCAUCUUGGUGAUGUAACGGAGGUGGAUUUGGACCGUUUUUUGACAGAAAGUUGGCCCAAAAUCAAGGACCUUUACCAAGGCGAAAAGGACAAGGCAAAGGCCCCCCCUGCAGAGGAACCUACAAAAGGAGACACAGAUGAGCCCCCCUCGGAAGACCCGGUACCCCCUCCCACAGAUGAAGAGGAGGAGAGAGAAGAGGAGGAGGAAGAAGAGCGCUUUGAAGAGGAUGAUAAUGAUGAUGAGGUAGAAGAUGAAGAUGAUGAUGACGACCUUGAUGAUGACCUUGAUGAUGACUACCCAGAUGAGGAGGAGGAGCCGGAUGUUGACAUGACCAAAGACGAAGCCAAACCAGACGAGGAUGAGAUGCCAGAAUACGACGAGGAGACAAAACAGCUGAUUGCAGCUGCAGACCAGGCCAGGGCAGAGUACACAGAAGCCAACAAGAAAGUCAACGACAUCGAUACACAGAUCAGGCAACUAGAGAAGCAGCUGGGGACAGACUUCGGUCCUGAGUCUGAGUACAGCUCCCUGGACGGGCAGUGUUUUGAGCUGGAGACGAAGGAGUACAAGUACAAACUGUGUCCCUUCGACAAGUGCACACAGAGUCCCAAACACGGCGGCUCUGAGACUACGUUAGGACGGUGGGAGAAGUGGGCAGGACCUGAGGAGAACAAGUACAUCGCCAUGAAGUACACUAAAGGACAGAACUGCUGGAACGGGCCGGACAGGUCGACUGAGGUCCGAAUGACAUGCGGCAUAGAGAACAAGUUGUUAUCUGCCUCGGAGCCCAACAGGUGUGAGUACGUGUUUGACUUCGAGACUCCCGCCAUGUGCACUCAGGAGGUGCCCACCAACCCAGAGUUUACUCAUGAAGAGUUAUAGCACUGU